UCAACACCAGCGAGAAAAUUUUCUGAAGUAGCUGGGAAGAAAAUUAAAAAAAUUAACGUGGACAACCUGGGAAAACAUGCAGACUGUGUGUCAAAAGAGGGCACGGAAGUAACCGUGGCUUCAAACGCCCAAAUACAGGAGGAAAUUUCGAAUAGGAGAAUAAUCUAUAAGACAUUCAGUAUAACAAGCAGAGCAAUACAAAAAAUAGAGGAGAAAAAGAUCGAAAACUGCUUAAAGCCGAUUAUGGAUAAAAUAACAUAUAUCAAUCGAGGGAAGAAAUACGGCACAGUGGAGGUGAGAUUCACGUCAGAGGAGGUAGCGAAGAAGCUAUCCAUGGAACCCAUAAAAGCGGAGGAUAUUGUUCUCCUACCCCUGUAUAAAGGCAAGAGAACUUCCAAGAUCACAAUGAAUAACAUUCCGCCAGAAGCGGAUGCCGAAGUCCUGGUGGCAGCAGUUAUGGUAGGCCUGGAGGAAAAAAUAAACAUCCUCCAGGCCACCGUAGAAGAAGAAGAAUUCUGGAAAGGGCAAAAAAUAAUAAUAGCCAUACAAGCAGAAGUACAAACCCUGGAAGAGAUCCCAGAGACUCUAAAGAUAAGCGAAGAUGAAAGAGUCACAGUCUUCGUAGAGGGCAGAAAGCCGAGGUGCUUCGGCUGCGGUAAGAAAGGGCAUGUAAGGGCAGAAUGCCAGCCCCAACCCAAACCGCAGGAAGCAGCUCAGCCAAGUGGAAAAGAAGAAGCCGUGUCGUCAGAAACAGCGCUGGUCGGCCCAGGAGGGACGACUGAAGGUGUGGAGGUGACAGAGGCAGCGGAACCAACGGAAGAGGAAAAAAAGAGCGAGGAAACGAAAAAGGAGGAGGGGUGGCCGGAAGGAUUACGGACGGAUAAAGUCCGAAUUUUUCCAUGA